UGAGGGCACACAAGAAGCAAUGGCAUCUGUAGAGAAUGAAGCAACUCCAUUAUUACUGAAUAAUCAAAAUACACAGGGACGAAUAAGACUCCAUCUGUUUUUCCACCAAAAGGUUAUAGUAAUUAUUUGUUGUGCUAUUUUUUGUUAUUCUUCCUCCCUCUCUCUCUCGCUCACUCUCGCUCACUAGACUUUUAUCUUCGAAUCUUUUCCCACCUCUUUUUCCAGUUGCAUGAUAGUGUGUUUAUAGACAAUUACAGACAGAUGUUUGCAGUGGUUUCUCCUGACAAGUUAAUGUGCAUAGGAGCAUUUAAUAUCCUGAGUGUUUUUGUUCUUUGUUUUUAUUCUUCUGAACAUUUAUUGCCUUGAGUAUUUAGCUUCCUGUGUAAUUAUUGUCCUGAGUAUUUUUUCCUGAGCCUUUAUUGUUCUGCGUAUUUGCUGUCCUGAGUAUUUAUUCUGAGUAUUUUAUGUUCUACAAAUUUAUUUACAUUACAUUUACAGCAUUUAGCAAAUGUUAUUAUUACGAGUGACUUACAGAAUGCUAUGUACUCUCUAUCAAAAACACAUCCUCAUGCUAGUUCACUAUCUAAAAGCUAAAAUCCUGUUGGAGGAGGUUAAUACAACAUGAAAGAAAAAAAAGUCAAGGGAUUAAAAAAUUGUAUAGCAUUAAGAUUAAAGUCAAACUAAGAUGUCUGUAUUUGAUAACAUGUAUAUCAAGUGGAACAGAAGCGAGAGGAAUUGAGGAAGCAACGGGCCAAAAAUACAGAUCAAGUUGAACUGGUCUUGGUUUUUUACGUUAAGCAUCUUUAUCUGUGUGUGAAGACACAAUUAUUUAUUGUUUAAAAGUUUACACAUUCAUAAUCAAUCAGCGCCUCUUCAAGCUAAAACCCUGGUUCUAUUAAAAAAUGAUCGAUUAAAAACAGAAAUGUUAAUUCAAGUGCUUGGUGAAGAGGUAUGUCUUUAGAUUUCGUUUGAAGACCUCCAGUGACUGUUCCCUGGACAGCCAUGGGAAGGUCAUUUCACUAACUGGAUGUCAAGACAGAGAAGAGUUUUGAUGCGUGUUCUUCUUGUAUUUUGAGAGAUAGUGGGUACAGUUGAGCUGUGCUAGAGGCUCAAAAGGAGCAUGGUGCAGAGCCGGUAUGAUCAGAGCAUUAAGGUAUGUGGGUGCUGGUCUGUUUUUGGCUUUGCUGGCAAGUAUCAGUGUUUUAAAUGUUUAAGUAUGUGAGCAUGUUUACUGUCUUGUGUAUUAAUUGUCCUAAGUAUUUAUUCUCCUGAGCAUUAAUGGUCCUGUAUAUGUUUUGUCAUGAACAUUUAUUGUCCUGAGUAUUUACUGUCCUGUGCGUAUUAUCCUGUGCAUUUUUUUGUCUUGAAUAUUUAUUGUCCUGUGUAUAUUUUGUCCUUGGUGACUUUUCACUUUGUCUGAUUCACUGAAUACCUCUCAAUUUUAUAGCUGGGAUAUGCUAUUGAAUAUUUCAAUUCGUAUUGUAAAUUGUUUUUCCAAUAGAAAUGGCCGGCUCUUUGUCGCGGCCUUUUCGGCUGUUUUGGGCAGUUUUAUUUUUGGAUACGCCAUGGUAUUUCCCUCUGCGGUGAUUCCACAGCUUCAGGAGGAUGACGAUCCACGUCUGCUCAUGGACAUUGAUCAGAUUUCCUGGUUUGGAUCUAUUUUUGCGAUUGGAGUUAUAGCCGGAGGGUUGAGUGCCAUGCUGAUGAAUGACAAAUUGGGAAGGAAACACAGCAUCAUGAUAUCUGUAAUUCCCUUCAUGGCGGGGUUUCUCAUGAUGGCGGCAGCGAGGGAGUGGUUAUUGCUUCUCCUGGGCAGAUUACUCACAGGCAUCGCUUCUGGGAUUACAGCCAGCUCCAUUCCUGUCUAUGUGUCAGAGAUUUCACAUCCAGGUGUCAGAGGAGCCCUGGGAGCCAGUCCUCAAAUCAUGAUGGUCAUUGGAGGUCUGGCACUCUACGCUCUUGGUUUGGUUCUGCCGUGGCAGUGGCUGGCUAUAGCUGGCGAAGUUCCAGGUCUGAUUAUGCUAAUGCUUCUGUGCUUCAUGCCGAACUCUCCACGUUACCUCAUCACCAAAGGCAAAUGGGACGAGGCUGCCAGAGCCCUCCAAUGGCUCAGGGGCCCUGAUUCAAACUAUAUCACUGAACUCAAUCAAAUUCAACAGAGUGUCAAUUCCCAGGACAGAAUGACGUGUUCAGAUCUUAGAAGUCCAUUCUACUACAAGCCAAUCUUGAUCUCUGUGUUUAUGAGACUCCUGCAGCAGAUGACAGGUAUUACACCCAUCUUGAUUUAUUUGGAGCCAAUCUUUGAGAAAACAGCUGUUUCACUGGAACCUAAGUACGAUGCAGCCAUAGUGGGACUUGUUAGACUGGUUACUAUUAUAAUUGCAGCCUGUUUAAUGGACAAAGCUGGCAGGAAAUCUUUUCUCUACGCAUCAGCAUUUAUAAUGUUUCUGGCCAUGCUGACAAUGACUGUGUACACCCACAAAACAUCAUGUGAUUCUGGGAACAUAACUGUUGCGUUGCAGUGUGCAACAAAGUCAUUUGGAGUCAUGACUGGUUUUGAUUUCAAAUCUGGCACAGUUAUCCCCCUCAUCAGCAUCAUCUUUAUUGCACUUGGUUAUGUAAUAGGCUGGGGUCCGAUCACAUGGCUGCUGAUGUCAGAGCUCCUGCCGAUGAAAGUGCGCGGCUUUGUUUCAGGCGUGUGUGUGGUGGUCAGCUAUAUCACUACUUUUUUGCUGACACAAUUCUUCAUGCAGGCAGUGGAGGCAUUUGGACUCUUUGCACUGUUUCUGUUCUUCUGUGUAAUCUGCGUGGUGAACAUCAUAUUCACAGCCAAGUGUGUCCCUGAAACAAAAGGGCGAACACUGGAGGAAAUUGAGAACUAUUUCAGAACUGGACGCACCUUCACCAUUGUUGAGAGUUAAUACUGCAAUCAGGGAAACUCUGAAAUGACUACAUAACUACAUUACUCUUUUCAACCUGUCUUAGUAUAUUUUGGUGAUUCCAUUUGUAAAGCUAUUUUUUGCUGUGAAUAUUAUAUGUAACUAACUAAGUACUGUAAGGUGAUGACAUAAAGUACUGUACAAAUACACUGUACUCUACAAAUACACUGUAAAAAAUGCAAUAUGUUUGUGCCAAAUUUUGCUCUGACAUUUUUUUACUUUAAUGGGUGAAACUGGUGCCAGUCUAGUGACUUUGUGACAUCUGAACAAAGAUUAGUCUGUUGUGAGCAUAGAGCAUUCUGAGCACUUGUGGUUUGCAUGAGAGGAAAUGUAACCGUACCAUAAAAUAUCUACUGGCUUUGACAAGCCUGUGAAUUUAGGUUGAUCAAGCUUCUCAUUUAGUCUACAAUAUAAUAUUUUAGCUGUAUAAAUAAUUAUGUAAAAUAUUUUUAGUAUUCAUAUUGUUACAACAUCUUUGGGAUGGGAAGUUUUUUUUUUGUGGUGCCAUAUUUUUGUGUGCAGGUCCGCACUCCCUCCCAGAGUUUCCAGCUUGCCCUACCCUGCCUUGCUCCCGCCUCCCUGGAUGACAUCACUAAUUGACCACCCUAUUUAAAGAGGAAGAGGAGUGUGAAUGAUGUGUUGGGUGUGGUUUGUAGGUGAUAUGCUGACUGCUGUUUGGAGUUUGGUUGUUCCUGUUUGUCUAUUCUAUGCACCACUGUAUACAUUUUGCUCUCAGUUCACUGGCAGUAGGGGUGUGGCUGGCAUCUCUUUUGGGAGAGGGGUCCUUUUGUCUCUGUUUUUGGCUGGGGUAUUUAGUGAAGUACUUGUAUCUUCUUUAUUUUCCUUUUAGGUAAGCUAGCUACCAAACCAAGAAUCCUUUUGUUUAUUAAUUUGGCCUUGGCGCACCCUGAAGGUAUGUCUGGUGUUUGGUUCUUUUGUGCAAUUCUGUGUGUAUAGCUGUUACAAUAUACCAACUUUUUAACACAAACCUGGUUGUGUUGUUCCUGGCUUCCCUUAUUUUAAGGUUAAAUUCCAUUGAAUCGUGAGCUGGCUACUGUGUGGCCUAACCUAAACUGGACUGAAACAAUACUUUAUCUCUAAAGCCAGCUAAUUAUACCCAGCCAGCACAUAGUUUUCAAUAAACUACAAGGACAUCAAGAGAUCCAGAUAAUGUAGUUAGCAAUAAUUGUUGCUUAGCUGACAGGUUUUCUGUUUUUAUGGACACUUUAUUCUAAGCAUCACAUUCUCUUGAUCAUCUGAUUACAGCAGGCCUGAGUUUGCACAAUAUAACUAUUCAUCAACUGAACAUGCAGUCUACAGCUGACUACAAUUUUUCUUCAUCUGUUCAUUAUAGAUUUCUUAUUUAGGCCAGUAAGAGUUCUGUGGUAGUUUUGGCUGAACAAGUUACUUAGAGUUUACACAAAAAAUAAGACAAGCAGAAUGUAUUAGUAAAGGGUGGUUUUUUAUUUUUUUUAUUUGUUUGUAAGAAGUACUACUUUAAUCAGACACUUUAAUUUUUUUGAGGAGGUAAUGUGUAUUUUAAUGUGCAUAGAUCUACAUUACAAAGAUUACACAUGAGAACUUGUGGUUCUCCGAAGAAAUCUACAUUCUAGUGUUUUAAUACUAUACUAUCUAUAUAGUUGAUUUUAGCUAAGAAAAGAGGGUGUUCCUUGUGCGUUGUCUUCUGACUGAAGCCUAACAGACCCAAAACGCUUGCCUUGAAUGAACCACAAACGCUACCACAAGAUAGUUGAAGACAAGGUCAUUUGUGACCAAAGCCAGUAAGGCUACAUCAUUGGUGUUAACUUCUCACUAAAAUAGUAUUUAGAAGUUUAUGUAGAGUAAUUAUGAAUUGCUCAGAACUUAUAUGGCUAUCAUAUGGAGAAGGUAGAAAAAAGUACUGGCAGCUUGUGAGAAAUGCCGUUUCACAAGAAAGUCAUGCUAUGCCAAAGAGUAAAAUGUAGAAGUGCCAGUACUGCGUACCGUGAGUUCUGGCACUGGUGACAACUACCUAUUUGCAUUCAGCCAGUUUGUAUGAGCAGAGUUGUCAUGCUAGAUAACAUUUGUGUGAUGAGGAAUAAAGUUGUUAGUUAGACUUAGCUAAUGUAUUGACACAUUCCUUGGUGAAAGAGGCUGGUAGAGCUUUCAGAGAUUAGGCUACUGGCCUUUCAUUCUGUUCAAAAACUACACUCACUAACCUUUCACUUAUUGCCCGUUUCUUC